GUUCAGACUCGAGCUUUGGCAACGUCCCGGUCAAGAGUACCAUGGCACUUCCCCCAAGAAGGGGAUCAGCCUUUAUCCUCGCGCAGAGAGCCACCUUCCGAUUCUCUCGAAGACUUGAACACUAUCCAAACGGUACUCGAAUAUCUCGGCACUGAGCAACCAGAACAGUCAAGAGCCAAUACGUCGCCCCUUCCAGCAUUGGAAGUACCUACUUCUGUCGAAUCCAGCCCAUUCCAAUUGCUAUCUGAUCAACCUUCGGACAGCCUUAAAAGAAGGCUCAGCGAGUUGUCUGCGGCCGGGCACGAAGCUUCGUAUGUGGACCUAUACCAUAUCUUUCUCCGACCGGCAACUCUGGAUCAAUCCUCUUUGAUUUACGCUGCACGUCUACUCCUCCCUGCCAUUCCAAAGCUAUCUGUAGACCGAUCGACUCUUCUUGUCGGAAGAUGCCUCAGGCGAAUGUUCCAACUCAACGUGCUCGUCGGAACGGAGCCAACCCUCCAAGCGUAUCUCUCUCACCUCAACGAUGUCGUGUCUUCACAGGAAUGCACCAAAGAAGACCUCGGUACAUGGACACGUAUCCUCCUGGAUCAUUUGACGCAGCAUGUCAGCGGUCGAACUGCAGACCGUGUCUUACGAGGUCUUGUCCAACGGAUGCUCGUACAAUUCGUCGACAAUCUCGAUUCACUCCCUGGUCAAUCGGUGGCUCACCACGCUAUACCUUCAGACAUACUGGACAGGGUGUUAAGCUCGACGAUGGUCACCGAGACGAUCCGUGAGGUCGUAGUCAAUCGAUCCUAUUCCUCAAGAUCACCAUUGACCAAAGGCCACCGAUCCUCGUUGAUCGAGGCUGCGAUGAGGACACGGGACGAAGAGGCCAUAACAAAUUACCUCAGACUUCCAGAAAGAUCAGCUCUAAUGGACGCUGAAGAGGUUACUGAUACGGAAUUGGAAGAUAGAGAACAGCUCUCAAGUUCUCGGUCUCAGUCUCAGUAUCAAGAGUCGCCUCGAGUCCUUCCACCUCCGAGACUCAGCGUCCCAAAACGCCUGGAGCGAGUCCGAUAUCUGCUCGCAUACAGCUCCGAAGGUCUCGGCGACCUACACAAGGCACUUGCACCUUACCUGGCUUCACCCGCGCGGGAUAGCGACAUCGAGGCUUAUAGCGCUCGACUACGUCAACACCGCUACGCGUGGUCCAAAUUGCUCCAUGCGAUGGCGGUGUGGCCUGAGAUUUCCUCAGAAGACAUGAUGGAAGCAUGGUUGUCACUGCCUUCAACAGCCAAGACCGCGCACGUCAUAUCGCCUCUGAUGCGAGGACUAUGUGCGCGAAAACAAUAUGCAGAUGCCUGGCAAGUGUGGUCAUCUUACAUCAAUUUUGCGGCCCAACGACCGCCUGACGAAGUCGGUAUCUACAUCGAUGAACGGACUAUUGUCGAUGCGACGGCUGCUUACGCCGUGAAGGGGAUGUCCGAGCAAUUUGCUUUUGUCGAUUAUUGGGGGAAACGUCCCAGGUCUACCCGAAGUCAAAGUUCAGCAUUUGAACAAAGUAUCCAGCUUGACGCUUUCAAUGUCAAUGCCCUACUUCGGCUCUGUCGAAGGGCUGGUCUGCCCUCUGUAGCCUUCCGUUUAUUGGCAGCUUCGUAUCCUCGUUGGGGAGUCCUAUUGGAUCACGUUUCGCUCGCCUUGAUAUUGGACACGGCGAGAAAAUACGCUCGCAGCUCGGGCUAUGUUCCUCCAAAUUCUGGUCUUCAGCACGCUCUGAAGAUGUUCUUUGCAGAGUUGUCAGCGGCUAAAAUCUUCCAUUCACCUCGUGACGAAGGGCUCGGUGCCGUCGACGACACCACCCGAUUUGAUGCGUAUGAAGCCGAUGGAUUCUCCAAAGGCGGCCCCGGAGUCUUGCUUGAUCCACCCGGAUUCCACUGGUACCAUGCUCACGGGACGGUGAAGCCAUACGAGAUCGCAAAGACGAUCUUUCGUCAAGUCAUUCUUGGCAAUUAUCCUCAUCUGCAAUACGUCGUGAAUCCCUUGGAUCGAGAUGCGACGUGGGAUGGGGAUAGCUGGUACCAUCGGUACUUUGGCCACGAAUCAUCGCCUGCCAAAUUACAGAUCAAGUUUGAGGAUAGGCUCCCGUUGCCCGGGGCAAAAUACACACAUAUCAUACCCGGCGUAGACACCUGGCAGGCAUAUAUUCUCUUCUUGGGUUACUUUGGAAUGAUCAAGCAGAUUCCACUCGCAUUGGCAUGGAUGAAGAUGCUAGAUAUUCGACCCACCUGGAUCAGUAUGUUGUACGGCUUGACGUUCAUCAAAGAAGUCCAAGGCGAACCCAGUCGCGUCAGAGGGAAUAGAGGAGAGUGGAAAUAUGCCACGGAUGAAGAAAUUGUCAGGGAUUUCUUGAGCAGAUGGUUGGGAGAGGGAAGGGAAAGUGUUCCGGAACCCAGCCCUAGCGCUAUGGUCAGGAUCAAUUCGCAUACUCGGGAACCGGGUGAUCUCAAAGCCCCAGAUGGCUUGGACGAAGAACGACGACGAUCAAUCGUUCCGACUCCGGUUGAUGUUCUCAACCUUCGGAUGUGGUACAUUGGUCAAGGGAGGAAGUUUAUCUAUGAUGGGCAAUAGGAACAAUGUAUGCACUAAUAGCUACAAAUUAUAUGAAUGU